CUCAUUUAGAUCAUGUCUCCCAACCUCACUGCAGAGAGCUUGGCCUCGAAAACCCUGAGCUGUUAGUUCGCCAUGUCGACGUCUAAGUUGACAGUUCGGCGCAAUGAGCCUGCUGCCGGUGGAACAGAUAUACGCGCAAUCCGACGCGUUCUUGUGCACGCAAGUACACUGAAAGCCUCGCAAUUGCGCUCCGGCAAUGUAGUCGCCUUAUCAAAGGCAGGUGAUGGAAACACCAAGAAGCGGGAUUUUGCAAUCGGGACAUUGUGGCCUUCUCUGGAUGUUCCGCAGGAUGCCGUUUUUAUUUCGUCCUCGCUUUUCCUUACAGCACGCCUCGAGGAAGGCACAAAGGUACAGCUAUUCGAUGUAUCUGAUCAAGGCAUUGGCAGACCCCCUCUCGGUUUACCAACCCUGCGAGAUGCGGAGGAGGCUGGCGCCAUCUGUCUCAGAGAAAUCUCCAUAAAAACACCCACAACGCGAAAUGCGGCCAGUUUAAAAGGCAAAGGAAAGCAUAGAGAUUGGCUCACUCUUCUACUACGAGAAUACCUUAUCAAUCUCAAAUAUAUUCUAUCUACUCAGAUUCUUGAAGUACCAUAUCAAGGCGAGAUUCGAACAUUCUCCAUUGAAUCUGUGUCAGCCCACCGCUCGGCAUCAAGUGGUUCCGUGAACACCGUAACACGUGACCUUAACUCGCUUGCGAUUCAGGUUAGGCCAUCAUUUUGGACAGCAGGGUGGGAUACGAUUGUUUCCGUACUGGAAGAUGUGGCCGAUAAUGGUGUUAACCUCACGCAAAAGUCUGACAUCGAAACGCUACCUCAUACAUCAAUUUCUGAUGCAUACGCGGCUGUCGGAGGACUUGACAAAACAAUCACCCAGAUCCGGGAUCUUCUUGAGAUACCGCUCACAAGACCAGAGCUCUUUGGGUACUUCGGGCUUAAACCGCCCCGGGGCAUAUUGUUGCAUGGUCCGCCUGGUACAGGAAAAACGCACCUUGCACGUGCUAUUGCCUCAUCCACUAACUCAUCGGUGCUUGUCAUCAAUGGCCCUGAGUUAUCUUCAGCCUAUCACGGAGAAACAGAAUCAAAACUGCGCGACGUAUUCAAAGAAGCCCGAGCCAAGAGCCCAUGUAUCGUCAUCUUGGAUGAGGUUGAUGCUCUUGUCCCAAGACGGGAAGAGGGCGCAGGUGGCGAGGUUGAGAAACGGGUGGUGGCAACACUUUUGACAAUACUGGAUGGUAUAGACAACUCCAGCACGACUUAUGAGGAUAAAGUCGUUGUCAUCGGCACAACCAAUCGGCCGAACGCCAUCGACCCGGCGCUACGAAGACCUGGGAGAUUCGAUCGAGAAUUUGAGAUAGGCAUACCAGACACUGACGCACGCUACUCAAUUCUGAACGUCCUCCUCUCCAAAACCCCCCAUUGUAUAACAGAUGCAGAACUCCGUUCUAUUGCGAGUCGCGCUCAUGGAUAUGUCGGUGCGGACCUCAGUGCUGUAGUUCGGGAAGCUGGGACCCUUGCCAUCAAACGAUGGAUAUCCCCCAUUCCACCGGGAUGCCAUCCUGACCCAGCAGCUGCCACAAUGACCCUGAAAUUGACGCCAUCGGACCUUUCAGAUGCGCUUCCUACCGUGCGGCCGUCCGCAAUGCGUUCCCUAUUUAUUGACACACCGCCCGUUCGGUUUGAAGAUAUAGGUGGGCAAGCCCAUAUCAUACAAAAACUUCGGGAAGCCGUCGAGUGGCCGUUAUUGCACCCAGAGGCUUUCCAGCGACUGGGUGUCCGACCACCAAAGGGCCUACUAUUGUUUGGACCUCCAGGGUGCAGUAAAACUGUUCUGGCACGAGCCUGUGCGACGGAAAGCGGGGUUAACUUUGUUGCUGUGAAAGGUCCCGAGCUUCUCAACAAAUAUGUUGGAGAGUCGGAAAGAGCCGUGCGAGAUAUAUUCAGUAAGGCUAGAGCUGCGUCACCGUCGAUAAUUUUUUUCGAUGAAAUUGAUGCCCUUGGAACAUCACGCUCCUCAGAUUCUGACAGUGGAAAUGCGUCGUCGCAUGAGGGGGUUCUGACCAGCCUCCUGAACGAAAUGGAUGGUGUUCAGGAGCUUGUGGGAGUGACCAUCAUUGCAGCUACAAAUCGCCCCGAUGUCAUUGACUCAGCUUUGAUGCGUCCCGGACGACUAGAUCGCAUUUUGUAUGUUGGACCUCCCGACCAUGACGGACGCGAAGAAAUCUUGAGGAUCAGGACAAGAAAAAUGAGUGUGGAGCCUGGCUUGGAUCUUCAUGCAAUAGCAGUCAUGACCGACGGUUGUAGCGGCGCAGAAAUCAGCUCACUGUGUCAAGAGGCUGCUCUACUGACCAUGCAAAAAGAUAUCAACGCCUCAUUCAUCCCACAAAACGCCUUUGUCGCAGCCGCACGUGCCAUACAAAAGCAAAUUACGCCAGAUGUGAUCAAAAAAUAUCAGCAAUGGAGAGAUCGGACUGGAUUAAGGAGUGCCUGAGUUAAGUUCAGUAGGCUCCUGACACUUCGCCAUUCAUUUUGCGUACUUACGCCGCGCAUUUGUGCAUUGGCUGUGUAGGGCAAUAUAUGACUCUCAUGAUUAACUAAAGGCUGAGUGUUGUGGUACAUUCCAGAUCAAGAUGACCCAGAAUCUCGAUUGCGCGCAGGGCUCAUCAAGCGUGUCUUGGGCUUUAUCACCCUUACCAACACCCUGGGCCGGGGGCCGGAUUCCCGGCUCCCGCGUCUACCUUCGAGUUACACCCCCUGAUAAGCUAACUUAUACUUCUG